UUGGAUAUACACAAUUUUGCAACACUAUAUAAAAUAGAGCCCAGUCAUCGCUUUCGCUUGUCAGUUUCUAUAUUAAAAAAAAGUACAGUGCAUUUAAUAGUAAACUCUUAGAGAUGUGGGAUAUGAAUGAGCAGAAGUAUUACGGAGACGACAAGGAUGCGCACUACGGAGCAGUGGACUCCCCCUGGACAGGAUCCCUCGACAAUCUUCGGACUCUGAUGAGCCGCAUCGAUGAGCACAUCUACAAGGGUACUACUCGCGAAGGUCAUGAGGAGCGAGAUCCGGUGCCGGAAAAAGCCCGGGUGUCAAUUAGGUACAGGGCUUACUGGGAGGGCGAGGAGGCAGCCUUUGAGUCUGCGAAGCUGCGAGAAUUCGAGACUGGUGGGGACAUGGUGCUCAAGGGUCUGGAGGCUGCUGUUCGCACCAUGCGACCCUACGAACAGGCGGACUUUGUGAUAUCCAACGAGCUGCUCUUCGGCGAGCUGGGAUCUCCGCCCCACAUCAAACCCAAGGCAGAUGCACUGUUCCAGGUGGAGGUCAUCGACUACUCGCCGAUCCCGGAUAACGAGAUUCCCAAGGAGGAGCGCGACAAGUUCUAUGUGGUAUUUCCCCAGGCAAAGGACUUGUACAAGGAGGGCAAGAUUUGGGUGAAGCGACUGCGCUAUCCCAAUGCGGUGACUGCUUUUCAGAAGGCUAUCAAGUCCUUGAAGAAUUGCCAGAUGGCCAAUGUCGAGGAGGAGCGCCAACAGACCGAUUUGCUGAUUCUCCUUUCCCUAGGCCUUAUGAUAUGCUACAACAGUAAGAAGAAGCCGAAGUGGUCCUGCAACGUCAUGAAGGACAUACGCCGUCUGUCCGGCAACAAUCCUCCCUGGAGGACGCUCUUCCAGGAGGGACGUGCCUUGGCCGAGUUGGGGGAGUACGAGCGUGCCCGCAAGGCCUACAUGGAGGCCCAGAAAAAGCAGCCAGAUAACGAGUACAUCAAAGAUGAGCUAAUCAGCAUCAGCAAGAGGAUGAAAAAUCUCGAAAAGGCCAGACAAGAGCUUUGGGAGCGAUCCAUGACCCGCUCCAACAUUGCAGAUGAUUGAUCUGGUUGAACACAACACAAAUAAAACAAAAACUCAAAUCCAGCUAAAAGAAAAUAAUAAAUAAUUUCAACCAAUGAAACUU